CGGCUUCAUUUCAACUUUCAUUCCCCCAAUUCCAAGCCCCUUCUUAUCUCUACGCAUUCCCCUUCUCGCUCCCCACUUCCUCUCAUGCCCUCUAUUUCUCUCAAUCGCUUAACUGUUCUAUAAGGCGGCUAGACCCUUUUGCUAGGGUUUUCGUUAUCGGUUUCCGGCCGAUCUUGCUGCUGUUUCCAUAUUUCGGCCGAUUAGGGGGUUUCCGCCAUGAAAGGGGGCAGAUCAAAGGCAGAGGUGGUCAAAAGCUCAAGGAAAUCUGAUGACAAAGUCGCAGGAAAGAGAAAGCCUGCAACUGAACGUGCUAGCAAGCCUGCUAAGAAGGGGAAGCCAGAAAAGGACCCUAACAAGCCAAAGAGGCCUGCAAGUGCUUUCUUCGUUUUCAUGGAGGAGUUCAGGAAGACCUUCAAGGAAAAGCAUCCCAACAACAAAUCUGUAGCUGCCGUUGGCAAAGCUGGAGGUGACAAGUGGAAGUCUUUGUCUGAAGCUGAGAAAGCCCCUUACGUGGCAAAGGCUGGUAAGAGAAAGACCGAGUACGAGAAGAACCUUGCUGCCUACAACAAGAAACAGAAGGAGGAGCCCAAAGAAGAAGAGGAAGAGGAGGAAUCUGACAGGUCUAAAUCCGAGGUCAAUGAUGAGGAAGACGACGAUGAGAGUGGCGAGUAAGGUGAUUACUUUGGCAGGAGGAUGAUGAUGAGUAGCUCACUGAUUUGAAGCUUGUGAUUAGGCCAUUUCUGCUUCUUUUUUGCCUAAUGUAGUGGGGGCGAUUUGCACAACGUUUGCGGCUUUUGCUGUACAGCCGCUUCCUCUCUCACUUUGCAAUCGGACUGCUGCAUCUCUCCCUUAAACUUGGCCUUUAUAUUUCUGUGCUUACUUACCAUAUUUUGCAUUUAUCCUGUCACAACAGUUAGAUUCUAAAUCAAAUUGCAGGAACUUUUGAACAUCGUGUUCCAUCCCUUUUGUUUAGCGAAGUGGUUUCUAUCAUGAAUUCUAUUUACCUAUCGAAAGAUAAAACUCGCCGCUUCCCCA